UUUUAAAAACUAGUACGAGCUUUAUCCUAUCAAAACAUACAUUGCUGGAUUUAUUGUACAGGUUUCUAUCCAGUAAUAAUGGGAGGCAAGGAGUCCUGGCUGCUGCAGAUGCAGAAUGUGAGGCAAUUGGGAGUGACAUAUUAAACGUGGUGGGCGGUUCUGCAGUAGAUGCUACCAUAGCAACCAUGUUGUGCCUUGGUGUAAAGAUGCCUCAUGCCAUGGGGAUAGGGGGAGGCUUCAACAUGGUUGUGUAUGACCAUAUCACCAAGAGAGCAGAACACAUUGAUGCAAGAGAAGUUUCACCAAGGUCAACAAA